AUGCGCCUGGCACUCCGCCCGUGCACGGUGCCGCAGGUUGUCCACCCCGAGGAGGUGGCGCUGAUGUGCCUCUCGGCGGCGCUGGUCAUGCCACCAGGCGCGGAUGCGGGCUGGGCGGUCGGCUUCGACAGCCAAAUGGCGCAGGCGGAGCUGGCUGACUUCCUGCUCGACCGCCUCUUGGACGACGAGUCGCCCACCUACCUGCCCUUGGGUGAUCUGGUGGUCAGGCUCGUAUGCGAUCUGGGAAAGGCGGGUUCGGUGCUGGCGCUGUCGAUGCUCACCACCAUGGGGACGGUCAUGGUGCCUGAUGACAUCAGCGGCAUCUUCGAGAGCUUCGCGUGA